CCAGUUUUCUCUCUAUUGUUUAGUGUUCGACUCAGCCGCGCUUCAACCAAAGCACGAAUCACACCCCCACUAAUUAUCAUCAACAGUCUCAACUCGCACAAAACCUUCGAAUCAAUGCCAACUGGCGGUCCAAUCUCCGGCGCCCGCACCAGCGUCCGUAUCGUCGUCGUCGGCGACCGCGGCACUGGAAAAUCCAGCCUCCCACCCCCCACCCCGGCGGCUGCCGCCGAAACCUUCAGGCAGGAAGUUCCUCCCGUUCUCCCUCCCACUCGCCUCCCCGCCGAUUAUUAUCCAGAUAAUGUUCCAAUUGUCAUCAUCGACACCUCAUCCAGUUUGGAGAACAGGGGGAGACUCGCUGAAGAAUUGAAGCGUGCUGAUGCCGUAGUGUUGACAUAUGCAUGCGAUCAGCCUUCGACGCUUAAUCGCCUCAGUUCAUUCUGGCUCCACGAGCUCCGGAGACUAGAGAUCAAGGCACCAGUUAUUGUUGCUGGUUGCAAGCUAGAUCGGCGAACUGAGGAGUACAAUUUGAGCAUUGAGAUGGUGCCACUCAUGCAGCAGUUCCGUGAGAUUGAAACUUGCAUAGAAUGUUCAGCAGCUAACAUGCUUCAGAUUCAAGAAGUAUUUUACUUUGCUCAAAAAGCGGUUCUUCAUCCGACAGCUCCAUUAUUUGAUCAAGAAACCCAAACCUUGAGACCUCGUUGCAUGAGGGCCUUGAAGAGGAUUUUUGUUCUCUGUGAUCAUGAUAUGGAUGGUGUUCUCAAUGAUGACGAGCUAAAUGAAUUUCAGGUUAAGUGUUUCAAUGCCCCUUUGCAACCUGCUGAAAUAGUGGGUGUUAAGAGAGUGGUACAAGAGAAGUUGCCUGAAGGAGUCAGUGAACAUGGUCUUACCUUAACUGGCUUUCUUUUUCUUCAUGCUCUUUUUAUAGAGAAAGGCCGAAUUGAGACAACAUGGACUGUUUUGAGAAAAUUUGGGUACAGUGAUGAGCUUAAACUAAGGGAUGAUUAUUUGUCAAUUCCAAACAAAAAGGCUCCAGAUCAGAGUGUUGAAUUGACAAGUGAAGCAGUGGAGUUUUUAAAGGGAAUCUUCAGCACAUUUGAUGAUGAUAAAGAUGGAGUUCUUCGCGAAAGUGAGCUUGAAGAUUUAUUUUCAACUGCACCAGAAAGUCCUUGGAAUGAAGCCCCUUAUAAGGAUGCGGUGGGGAGAACUCCACUCCGUGGAAUCUCUCUUUCUGGAUUCCUAUCUGAGUGGGCUCUUAUGACAUCAGUGGAUCCAGCUCGAAGUAUUGCCAACUUAAUAUAUAUUGGUUACCACUGCAAUGCUGCAUCAGCCCUCCACAUCACUAGGAGAAGAUUAGUCGAUAGAAAGAAGCAACAAACAGAACGAAAUGUUUUCCAGUGCUUUGUCUUUGGACCUAAAAGUGCUGGAAAGUCCGCAUUGUUGAUGUCAUUGUCGGGAAGGCCUUUCUCAGAAAAUUAUGUUCCUACAACCACCCAACAAUAUAUUGUGAAUGUCGUUGACCGGCAUAUGGGUAAUAAGAAAACUCUUAUACUUCGGGAGGUUCCAGAAGAUGGAGUUAAGAAACUUUUAUCCAAUAAGGAAUCUUUGGCUUCUUGUGAUGUAGCUGUUUUUGUUUAUGACAGCUCAAGCGAGUAUUCUUUUAAAGGAGCGACAGAAUUGCUGUCAUAUGUGGCUAGGCAAGGGGAAGAAAGUGGUUUUGGGAUGCCUAGUCUCCUGAUUGCAGCAAAGAAUGAUCUUGGUUCAAAUCCAACAGUAAACCAAGACUCAGCAAAGAUUUGCCUGGAUAUGGGGAUUGAUGCACCUAUUCCUGUAAGCGUGAAAGAAAGAGAUCUGAAUGAUGUGUUCUCUAGAAUUGUAAAUGCAGCCGAGCAUCCUCAUCUGAGUGUUCCUGAGACUGAGCUUGGCCGCAGUCAGAAGCGAUACCGCCAGCUUGUCAAUCGUGCUCUUAUGUGUAUCUCAGUUGGAGCUGCUGCUACUUUUGUCGGGUUGGCAGCUUAUCGGGCCUAUGCUGCAAGGAAGAACGCUUCCAGUUAAAUUGUUCUCCAGCAAAUUGAGCCGGUUUUCUAUUAGCUAGUUGCUCUCAGAGGUUGCUGAAUGCUGCUGUGAUUGCUGGGUUACUCGGAGUACUGUUAUGCAAAAUAUAGGGACUCUGAAGGUCACCAAUUAAAUAAACUACACAAAUAGAAAGAAAGGAAAUAAGAAGAAAGCUGGAUCUGUAUUUGGAAAGAGAUGUCCCUAGUUCGUGAACCCAAAAGAGUACAAGUAUAAUCCUUGACAUAGGAAAACUCAAACCCGCGAGCUUGAGUUUAUUUCUCGAACUUGAUAAUAGCGGUGUUCAUUUGUCUGCACCAUUUUUUUGACUCGACAGAAUAUGUAAAUGGUUGAUGUCCGUCUGUCUUAUGGGAUGUAGCUCCUUUUGAUCAUACGUAUAGCAGUGUUUUUGGCUGCUACAACCUGUAUCUCUGUCAAUAGCUAUUAGCUUUUGGUAGUGGCAAGCGUUUGAUCGCCUACAAAUCUGGACUUUUGACGAUUGGUUGAACCUCAGCUAGAUACAUUUCUUGGUUCCAAUUAGGUGCUUAUUUCAAUUAGUGAGCGGACGUCAGCUAGAUACAUUUAUGUGUUUUUCCUCCUAAAUUUAUACUGUUUGUUAAG